AUGGAUGACAUCGAUUCAUCCAAGUUAGAUUCGAUGGGAAAUGGUAAACAUAAAAUUGCGACCGGUCCUCUUGCCGAAACGGUUGAUAAUCCAGAAGAAAUGGAAAAACUUAAUCAUGUGAAAGAAGGGGUGACAAUGGAUGAAAAGUUGAAAAGUUUAGUGGAAUCGAAUGGUACAACGAAAGAAACAAAAAAAAGAAAACAUCACAAAGCAAAAAAUGAACGGCCGCGAGUACAAUUUCAUCAGGAUGAAACCAUCGAUGAAAGUAGUUCUUCCGAUUCCUCUUCAAGUUCUAGCAGUGAGUCUUCAGACUCAAGCUCGGAAGACUCAAGUCAAGAAAAUUAUUCAGAAACACAAGCUCCAGAUGGUGGAUGGGGUUGGGUGGUCGUAUUUUCAUCUUUUUUGGUGAAUAUGAUAGCAGACGGUGUCACAUUCUCGUUCGGUGUUAUUUACGUUGAAUUUCUUCAAUACUUUGGAGAUUCGAAAAGUAAAACUGCUUGCAUUGGAAGUUUAUUUAUGGCCAUGCCCCUUCUUUCCGGUCCGAUAGCCAGUAUUUUAACGGAUAGGUUUGGAUGUCGACGAGUAUCCAUUUUCGGAGCCAUUCUUGCUUCCCUCGGGUUCGUCAUUUCGUCUUUCACAGAUUCAAUCGAAGUUUUGUUUCUCACGUUUGGAGUUAUUUCAGGAUUUGGCUUGAGUUUGUGUUACGUAGCUUCUGUAGUUAUCGUGGCGUAUUAUUUUGAAAAAAGACGAAGUUUUGCCACUGGUCUUUCUUUUUGCGGUAGCGGAAUAGGAACAUUUGCUUUUGCCCCCUUAACCCAGUAUUUACUCGAAGAAUAUGGGUGGAGAGGAACGACGUUAAUUUUAGCCGGUUUUUUCUUGAAUAUGUGCGUUUGCGGUGCUUUGAUGAGAGAUCUUCCCUGGACUGUUAUUAAAUUUAAAGAGAAAAUGAUUGAGAAUCGUAAAAAAAGGAGGAGAAAGAAAAUUCGUAACAGGAGCGUUAGUUCUAACAAGUCUUUAAAAACCACCACUUCCAGCGGUGAAUCUACAUCACUCAUACAGCCGAACACGGAUGAAUUGCGUAAAAUGUUGACUAGUGGUCAAGAUGCUCAACUUAUAAUACCUAGAAAAACGGAACCACACGAAGACACCUUAAGUGUGCCUGCAACCGAUUUAAAAUGUACAUCUUUGGUAAACAUACCAAAUUUUAUUCAAAGCGGAGAAAGAGUUCCUUUAGAAGCCUUAGAAUUACUCAGCAAACAAAAGAACGUUUAUAGGUGCUUGGUUCAAAAUUAUCCAAAUUUAUUGGUGUCGUCUAGAAGUUGUAGCGAUUCCGGGUUAGCAAACGAAGUAUCAUCUCCUCAUUCCGGAAAAGUUGUUUCGCCUUUAUCCGUCACUCCGGAACGUCCCAAUUCUUUAGCAGUUUCGUCGAAUGUUAAAAAACCUCUACCCUUUUCUGGAAAGCAGUGGUGGGUCAAAAGAACUGACUCGACUCAAAAAAAAUUUUCGUUUGCGUAUUUGAAAAAUUUACGAGUUCACAGGCACAGUUUGACGUACAGAGGAGCAAUGCUAAACAUUAACAGAUACAGAUUAAGAGCAUCCAGUUGCCCUGAUAUUUAUCGUAAUUCUAUGACAACAAUAGCCGAGGAAAAAGACGAAAAAUGCGGAUGUUUGUACGAAUGUUGGGACUUAUUAGUCAUGUUAGAUUUUUCUCAUUUCUUGGAUGCCAGAUUUUUAUUUUUUGCCAUAUCUAACUUUCUUUUGUACACGUGGUACGACAUACCGUAUGUUUAUUUAGCAGACAAUGCCAUCGAAAGAGGUUUUUCAAAAACGGAAGCGUCUUAUCUCAUAUCAGCAAUAGGUAUUUUGAACAUGAUUGGAGAAAUUGCUUUCGGAUGGGUCGGUGAUCAUUUCAAUGCCAACAUUGCAUAUGCGGUUUGCAUGUUUUUAUGCGGAGCCGCAACUGGAGUUAUUCCAUUGCUUACAUCGAGCGUUACUCUGUACAUGGCCGCUGGAGCUUUCGGUUUUUUCAUAGCUGCCAAUUGCAGUUUGACGAGCAUUAUUCUUGUCGAUUUGAUUACGAUUGAAAAAUUCACAAAUGCUUACGGUCUUUUGUUACUCGUGCAAGGGAUUGCCAAUUUAGUUGGACCACCCUUAGCAGGUUGGAUUUACGACGUGACAAGCAGCUACGAUAUUUCAUUUUACGUAUCUGGAAUUUUCAUAUGCAUAUCCGGAGCAAUUUUACUAGUACUUCCGGCAAUAAAUAAAUUACGAAUAUACAAAGAGAAAAAAUCUCGUACAAACGACUACUUAAAAGAAUCAGCUUAA